GUCCAAAUGGGUAUGUUUGAAAUCGGGUCUAUGCUCUUCUGCCAUGGCUGUGGCGAUUGCUAGACCGUUAAUCCGGCGGCUCUUCUUUCCCUCCUCAACCACCAUAUCGCCGGCGCCGACUCCGAAAUUCGAGCUCCUCGCAAACAAUAAUUUCGCCACUUCCACCACUCGCGCCAGGAGAAACAAAACGAAAGCCAAUGAGAUUACGAGCAGUAUCGCGCAGAAGAAGAAAAGCAGAGAGUCUCUGGUGAAGAAAAGGACUCGGUCAGAGAAGGAGUUUGACGAGGAUAGCUUUCUGAAGCUCUACGGGAAUGAAAAUUCUUCCCACGUCCCCGUCUUGCUUGGCGAAGUGCUGGAUGUUUUUGCCUCUCUCCGCCUCCGCUCCUUCGUCGAUUGCACUCUCGGCGCCGCCGGUCACUCUUCUGCGAUUAUUCAGGCUCAUCCUGAAAUGCAAGUAUAUGUUGGGCUUGAUGUUGAUCCACUUGCACAUCAAAUGGCUCAAGAUCGAAUAAAUGUUAUCUUAAAGAAGGAUUCUAGUUACACAGAUUCAGAUUUGAAGGUGCAUACCUAUUUGAAAAAUUUUAAGGAUGUGAAGUCCGUGCUCUGUGAGGUUGACAAGGGACUAUUAACUUCUGGAAUUGAUGGGAUCUUGAUGGACUUGGGAAUGUCCUCUAUGCAGGUGAAUGAUGCUGAAAGAGGUUUUAGUGUGCUGAAAGAUGGACCCCUUGAUAUGCGAAUGGAUCCUAAGGCAACUCUGAAAGCGGAAGACAUAUUAAAUUCUUGGCCAGCUGCUGAGGUGGGGCGAAUUCUACGUGAUUAUGGGGAAGAAAGCAAUUGGCACUUUCUUCAAAACAAAAUUGUUAAGGCCCGCUUGAGUGGAGGAUUGCACUCUACUGGUCAACUAGUUGAUCUUAUUCAGAAUUCGACUUCCAGGACAAAAGGAAGACAAGGUUGGAUAAAGACAGCAACACGAGUGUUCCAAGCUCUUAGGAUAGCUGUUAAUGAUGAACUCAGGACACUGGAGGAUUCCAUCUAUUCGUGUUUUAACUCCCUUGCUCCUGGUGGGAGGCUUGCUAUCAUCUCAUUCCACAGCUUGGAGGACAGAAUAGUGAAACAGGCAUUUCUCGGUGUUAUGAAUGGUGGCGGGAUUAAAGGUGAAGAAGAAAGAUGCUGUCAUGGUUUAAAAACAUUUGGCGAAGAUGGUGAAAGAGAAGCGUGGGUUAAACAGAUAAUGCAAGGACAAAAUGGAACUAUACUCACUAAGAGACCCAUAACUCCAUCUCAAAAGGAAGAGAUGUUGAACUCUCGAAGCCGCAGUGCCAAACUGAGAGUAAUUCAGAAAGUUUGAUGAUGUAUACAUUGAAUUGUUAACUUGACGUAAUUGUGAUUGUUUUCCCAGAGGCAACAUGAAGGAGCUAUAACCGUAUUGGGGAUGCAAUCACACCCAAAUGAGCAAUGUUGCCAUGCGUGAGGGAUGCCAUUUUCUUGUUUCUUCUUUUAUAUUUGUGGGUUCACCAAUCACCUCACCAUUAUAAUGAGGGCAAGAGUAAUUAUAUCAUCCCUUUUACCAUAAGGGACAAUGUAUUUUAAGUGGGGCUGUUGAUUGUUGAAUACCAUAAUUAUGUAUAACAAUUAAGUAAUAUAUUAUUCAAUUAAUUGAGUAAUACUUUUGCACUAA